UGAAAUUGAUUUAAGCGUAAAUUCUGUGUUGUUAUCAAAUAUUUAUCAGCGUUUUAAAGACAUUUGGAGGCUGCUUUGUUCCCGUCGGUGUACAUUUUGUUCCAGAUUAAUUAGCAUGUCAGUGCUCGGUGUUUUUAAGCCUUACUGCUGUUUUAAAAGCACCUUUUUCCCGGUGCGUUAAGGUGUGUUAGUGCAUGAUGAUAACGUUGUUGUGUUUUCAUGCAGACGUCGGUUAGUCCUUCCCUAUCCGUGUCGAAUAACAACUACCCUCCCUUCCUCUUCCACGCCCGACUGCUAACGAGCUAAAUCGUCUUUACACAAACAGGCUCCUCGACCCCCACUUUUAAAUCAGAUGACUUAAUGCUAAAACAAGCUAGCUGACAAAUCCACUAUUCGAUGUUUUGGCUGACGCAAUAAAAAGUAUUAUUGUAAACGCUUGUUUGCAUAAAUUACAUGGAAGUUUCGCUAAAUUAACCAUUUUCAUAAUAGGAUUCGCGUAUUGGUGAAAUAAAGUAUACAUUUGUUCACAUAUUUAUUUUAUUUUGCCACUCAGCAAGUAGCAUUAUCGAGUGGUUUGUGUGCGUAUAACCUCGUUUCCUAGAAUGAUAACAGUGGAUUUUUAGCACUUUUCUUGUUGUUCCUAUUGACUGAGUGUUUGCCAGGCAGUCUUUUGUUCGUAUUUCGUUCGUUUAAAGACGUUUAAAUAGUUUAAAGCGCACCGUCUGCUUUAGAAAAGGAUGUUAUUACCUCAACACACAAAAGUACGAUACCAAAUAAAAGGUCCUGAAGGCGGCACAACCGCAGUGAACCCCAGUCUUGAACUCGUUUGCGUUCAAGUGCUGGCGGACAAAUCAGUUGUUGAUUAAGUACAAAAUACAAAGCAAGUUCCGGUGUUCUGCCAACGGUUCCAAAAAAUACGUUGGGCUGCACUUCCACCUUUUAGGGAACAAAGGCCCACGAGUUUUAUAUUCGUGGCAACCACAUACAUGCUCGCGUUUGGACUGUGGUAAACAAAGAGCGCGUGUGCCGUGAACGUCACGCGUCUUUGAAACGACAAACGAUAUGAAUGUUGGCCGAAGUAUACCGAAUUGAAGAUACAAACACACGUUCAGUCACUACAUUUAAUAAUUACACUUUGUUGGAUUUCGAAAUGGCAACGUAAGAAGCAUAAAAAGGAGAGCGACGCGUUCGUAGACAGAGGUUAGACGCCACUGUCUCAAGAUCGUUCUCUCUCCUCCGUGUCCACACUUUUAACCAUGUUUUGCCCGCUGGCUCGCCGAUGAGCCGCUCCACCCCGCACUUGAUGCACUUUAGCGCCCCGGACGAGCGCCUGUCCGCCCGCAGCUGAUGACCGAAGCGACUCGCCGCCCCUACCCAAACCGCGCCUCAGCAGGAUGUUCCAGAGAUUCGCCAGCGCCCUGUUCGGCGACGACGAUGUCGCGCCGCAGCCGAGUCGCCUCCGCCGUCACGAAAAGCAACCUGAGGAGGAGGAAGACGAGGAAGACUGGAUCUUGGUCAACUUCCUGGCCGACAGCUGUUCCGGUCAGCGCUGCGGCGACGGCCUCUCUGGCGCCGUUGUCGGCAAAGACGUGGAAGAGGAAGAAGACGAAGACCUGGUGAUAAUCCCUUCCCCCGUGGCCAGCCCGCCCGUCCGCUACGCUUCCUGCACCUCCCUCAACUCCACGGCCGACACCGACCCGGACGGCGGUGGCGAGGAGGACGAGGAAGAGGACGGCGAUUUCCUGCGCGUGGAUGCGGCGUCUCUGGAGGAGAGCUGGUUCGUCACGCCCCCGCCGUGCUUCACCGGCCGCGGGGUCCGCUCCGUCCUGGUGGAGACUAGUCCUCUCGAGAACCUGCUGAUCGAACACCCCAGCAUGUCGGUCUACGCCCACCACAGCCCUCCCAGACUCAACCUGGACCCAAUGCCACGUUCCAUGGACUUGGAACUGGCUACUGCUCCUAAGGAGAAAGGAAGACGCUCUCUGGAUAGCUCGCGACACAGGCCCGAAGUGUCGUCGGUCCAGCGCCGUACCAGCCUGCACCAGUCGGCGUGCUACGCCGCGGCGCUGUCGGCCCGCGCCGGCCUCCUGCCUCCCCGUCCGGGCCUGGGUGCCGGCCAACCGCUUCUGUCACGCAACGCGCUGCGCCGCCUCAACCUGCUGCACCCGCCCAAGGCCGGCCCCGCCCACCUGCACCAGCCCAGCCAGCGUCACCUCAACUUCUGAAUGCGUCACACAACAAGCACCAGCGUUGGAAACACCCGAGACGUCCAUCACGGACUCUUCUUCCUCACGUGCGGAAUCAGCGCUGUAAGGUCACUUUACUCAGAGGCAGGCUCACUCUAAAACGUGAUGACAUCAUCACCUGGCAACCUAUCAGAUUACUUGAACAUCUUUCAGCGCCGGGAAGCGGGGUUUGAGUCACCGAAUUUGCAUAUUUGUCGGCAGUGAUCGAGUUAAAAACGGUUUCUUAUACAUGGCAUAAUGUUAUUUUUCCCCUUAAAUUCAUCCUCGAACCCUGCUCGAAGGCGUUAAAUCGUCCCCAUGAGCCGACUUCAAUUGAAUCAAUGUAAAUAGAGAACUGAUUGUUCAAACGUGACGGAUUUUUUCACUCCAUUUCAAGGAGAUUUAAGGUGUAAAAGCCUGCCUCUGACUUGUUUUUUUUUUUUGGUCAAUUUCACCACGUUUUCUUCAACGUAAAAAAAGAAAAAUAUAAAAAAAGUCUUUGAAGAACUGGGUUAGAUAUCACUAAACUUGCCUUGUUUUAAUGGUAGCUUUACGAUGAAUAGUCAUGUUAAGACGAAAAAUGUAUUAAAAAAAAGUACAAAAUAUUUUUUUUGAAAAGUGAAAAAGAUUACAUAUCAGUAUGAUGUCGUUUGUAAGCGUGCGUGCGUGCGAGCGUUUGCGUCGGUAGAGUUGUUGUUAGCCGGCUAGCAAGAAAAAAAAGGUUUUAUUUCUGAAAUAAAUCUGCAGUCCAAUUCUCAGGGUCACAACCUAUGGAGGCGUAUUGAAUUCACUUGGCGGAAAAAUAUUUUUUCGAAGUAUUUUUUUUAACUUGGCCAGUUUAGUACUUUUUUUUGGAGUAUUUUUUCCAGCUUUCUUGACUAUUUUUUAAUUUUUCUAAGUCAUUUUUUUGUGAUUUGUAAUUUUUAAAAUUUUCUUUAAGGAAAAAAAACAUUUUAUUUUAAUUUGCGUAAGUAUAUAUUGAUAUAGUAAAUAUUUGAAAUACAAUUAAAAAUUGGUAAAACUUAAAAAUACUUUAAAGUUUUUUUUGUGGUUUAGUACAAUUUUUAUGAAUUUCGGCUUUCAAGUUUAACUUUUUUUGUAAUUUUUUUUUAUGAUUCAAUUUGUAAGAAUGUUAUUUUUAUUUCUAUUUUGAAGUUAUUUUUAGUUUUUGAAAGUAUGUAGUCAUAUAAUAAAUAUACUGAAAAUAAAAAUUGGGACAUGUAGUUUUGAAAAUAAAUUUGAUCAUUUUAAUUGCAGUAACAUUUUACUUUAUUUUUCAUUUUAGAAUGAUUUAUACUAAAUAUUUUCAAUGAAAAAUAAUGAGUAAAACUUUAAGGAAAAAAUAAUUUUUUUUGGCCUUUUCUGAUUUUUUUUUUCCUGCAUACUUUUUGCAAGUAUCAGAAUAUAACCUGCUAAUUUUCCAUUUUUCUGUUUAAACGAUUCAUUUUUUAAACUUUCUUGUUAACAAGAAAAUGGGGAAAAUACUCAAGAAAAAACCUUAAAGCAACACUAGGUAACUUUUCAGUUUUGGUCGAUUUUAGCACACAAUUGGACAAAAACGGUAGUGCUUUGUUUUAAGGAAGUCUGCGCUUCCCAUCCCAUGAGGACCAGCGCACACCCGCACAGUGUCGUAAAAUCAUUAUCUCCCUUUCGCUUGCAGAUGGAUUAAACGACAUUUGUGUUUCCAGCGGGUGUGUUAAGGGUGAAUAAUAAUGAGGUAAUCAGUCCAGUUGUGGCUAAACAAUAGCAAAUGACGAUGUUGAAAAUCAGAAACAUUUGCUUUUGUACCGUAUACCAUAUACCAGACCCCUUCAAGAUAUAAAAGUCAUUCAACUAGUCAGUCGACAUCUUUUUGAAGGUUGAAAAGUUACUUAGUGUUGCUUCAAGGAAAACAGAUUUAUUAAAAAAUGAAAUAAUUCAUCCUAAAAUCGCCAUUCAAAACAUAUUUAAAGUAAUAAAAUACUCAGGAAAAACGUAUUUUCCCCCCUUCCAAGUGAAUGCGACGCUCUUCCGUAACAACCAAUCACUUUCUACAUGGAAAAUGCAGAUUUACUUGACGGCUGAUGAUUUUCUUUCCCCUUUGUUUUGCUUGUGAGACAUUUGUAAGUGUUGGUCCCUGGACUGUUAAUUACCACGUUUUAUGUUAGUGUAGUCAAACUAAACCAAAAAAAAAGGUAGAGAGGACUUUUAAUACUUUACUAUGACAUUUAGGGUUUUUUUAUGUAUAUUUUUUUGUUGUUAUGACCUAAUUUUAACACAUUGACUGCCCUCGUUUAUCACUUUCAAAGGCAGUGAAUGUGUUACUGGAUGUCAGGAGUGUAUACUGUCCCUAUCUGCGUGUACUCAUGCUCUAUUUAAGACGAUUACUGUGCAGCGGUACCUCUACUUACGAAAUUACCGUAUUUUUCGGACAAUAAGUCGCAGUUUUUUUUCAUUGUUUGGUCGGGGGUGCGACUUAUAUGUGAAAUUAUGAACGCAUUAUUACAUCAUUUCAGUUUAAGGCUGCAGCUAUCGAUUAUUUAGGUAAUCGAUGAUUGUAUCAGUUCGAACAAUCGAGUAAUCAAAUUAUGAACAUCUAAUGCGUUGCAGAAUACAUUUUAGGAGAUGUAGAACAAGUGUUUAUGCUUGCAAUAUUUAUUUUGGCUUGUUGGAGGGAACCACGGAUAAUAAGACUUUUAAUUCUUAAAAUAUAAAUGUUAGUAUGAGUUAUAAUAAUUUGAUAGUAGAACCCCUCUUGAUGUUUUUAUAAAAUUUGUAAAAUUAGUUUAACUACUAGGCUCCCAUUGUUGUUGACGCCGCAAUGCACUGUGGGAGGUGACGUCAACGAGUAUGAGUCCAGCGACAUAAAUAAGUCAUCUGUUCAGUCCUUUCAGUUUGAACCGGAGAGGAACAUUAAUGAGCAGGACAUGCCGAUAUUUCACAAAACGAGCAGCAAAAGCCAAAUGAACAGGAAAGACGGGAUGAGACUAGACGACAGUAGGACAAAACCGGUGUUCGAAACGUGCACAUUCAGCUUGUUUUGGCCGGUGAGUGUAUAUAUAUACACUCACCGGCCACUUUAUUAGGUACACCAUGCUAGUAACGGGCUGGACCCCCUUUUGUCUUCAGAACAGCUUCAAUUCUUCGUGGCAUAGAUUCAACAAGGUGCUGGAAGCAUUCCUCAGAGAGUUUGGUCCAAAUUGACAUCAUGGCAUCACACAGUUUGUGCAGAUUUGUCGGCUGCACAUCCAUGAUGCGAAUCUCCCGUUCCACCACAUCCCAAAGAUGCUCUAUUGGAUUGAGAUCUGGUGACUCUGGAGGCCAUUUGAGUACAGUCAACUCAUUGUCAUGUUCAAGAAACCAGUCUGAGAUGAUUCCAGCUUUAUGACAUGGCGCAUUAUCCUGCUGAAAGUAGCCAUCAGAAGUUUGGUACAUUGUGGUCAUAAAGGGAUGGACAUGGUCAGCAACAAUACUCGGGUAGGCUGUGGCGUUCCAACGAUGCUCAAUUGGUACCAAGGGGCCCAAAGAGUGCCAAGAAAAUAAUCCCCACACCAUUACACCAUCACCAACAGCCUGAACCGUUUAUACAAAGCAGGAUGGAUCCAUGCAUUCAUGUUGUUGACGCCAAAUUUUGACCCUACCAUCCGAAUGUCGGAGCAGAAAUCGAGACCCAUCAGACCAGGCAACAUUUUUCCAAUCUUGUAUUGUCCAAUUUUGAUGAGCUUGUGCAAAUUGUAGCCUUAGUUCCCUGUUCUUUGCUGAAAGGAGUGGCACCCGGCGUGGUCUUCUGCCGCUGUAGCCCAUCUGCCUCAAAGUUCGACGUACUGUGCGUUCAGAGAUGCUCUUCUGUCUACCUUGGUUGUAACAGGGGGUUAUUUGAGUCACUGUUGGCUUUCUAUCAGCUCGAGCCAGUCUGGCCAUUCUCCUCUGACCUCUGGCAUCAACAAGGCAUUUCCGCCCACAGAACUGCCGCUCACUGGAUAUUUUUUCUUUUUCGGACCAUUCUCUGUAAACCCUAGAGAUGGUUGUGCGUGAAAAUCCCAGUAGAUUAGCAGUUUCUGAAAUACUCAGACCAGCCCUUCGGGCACCAACAUCCAAGCGAUGUUGAAAGUCACUCAAAUCACCUUUCUUCCCCAUACUGAUGCUCGAAUUGAACUGCAGGAGAUUGUCUUAAACCAUGUCUACAUGCCUAAAUGCACUGAGUUGCCACCAUGUGAUUGGCUGAUUAGAAAUUAAGUGUUAACGAGCAGUUGGACAGGUGUACCUAAUAAAGUGGCCGGUGAGUGUGUGUGUGUGUGUAUAUAUAUAUAUAUAUAUAAAUAAUAUAUAUAAAAUUAGGGCUGUCAAGCGAGUUAAUUACAGCUUAAAAAUUAAUUAAUCGUAAUUAAUCGCAAUUCAAACCAACUAUAGAAUAUGCCAUAUUUUUCUGUAAAUUAUUGUUAGAAUGGAAAGAUAAGACACAAGACGGAUAUGUACAUUCAACACACUGUACAUUAGUACUUUAUUUGUUUAUUAUAACAAUAAAUCAACAAGAUGGCAUUAACAUUCUGUUAAAGCGAUCCAUGGGUAGAAAGAUUUUUAUUUCUUAAAAGAUAAAUGUUAGUACAAGUUAUAGAAAUUUUAUAUUAAAACCCCUCUUAAUGUUUUUGUUUAAAUACAAUUUGUAAAAUUUUCAAUCAAAAAAUAAACUAGUAGCCCGCCAUUGUUGAUGUCAAUAAUUACACAAUGCUCAUGGGUGCUUAAGCCCAUAAAAUCAGUCGCACCCAAGCGCCAGCAGAGGGCGACAAAACUCCCAAAAAACACAAGUAACAAGUGGAGAUUGUGACACUGUACUGUCAUUUUAAUCUGUUUGAGCGGGGCAUGUGCGUUAAUUGCGUCAAAUAUUUUAACGUGAUUAAUUUAAAAAAUUAAUCACCACCCGUUAACGCGGUAAUUUUGACAUCCCUAAUAUAUAUACUAGGGCUGUCAAACGAUUAAAAAUUUUAAUCGAGUUAAGUACAGCUUAAAAAUUAAUUAAUCGUAAUUAAUCGCAAUUCAAACCAUCUAUAAAAUUUGCCAUAUUGUUCUGUAAACUAUUCUUGGAAUGGAAAGAUAAGACGGCUAUUUAUAUAUUCAACAUACUGUACAUAAGUACUGUAUUUGUUUAAUAUAACAAUAAAUCCACAAGAUGGCAUUAACAUUAUUAACAUUCUUUCUGUUAAAGGGAUCUACAAAUAGAAAGACUUGUAGUUCUUAAAAGAUAAAUGUUAGUACAAGUUAUAGAAAUUUUAUAUUAAAACCCUUCUUAAUGUUUUCGUUUUAAUAAAAUUUGCAAAAUUUUCAAUCAAAAAAUAAACUAGUAGCCCGCCAUUGUUGAUGUCAAUAAUUACUUACACAAUGCUCAUGGGUGCUGAAGCCUAUAAAAUCAGUCGCACCUUAGCGCCAGCAGAGGGCGGCAAAACUCCAUAAAACACAACAAGUGAGCAUUUCACUCUACUGUCAUUUAAAUCUGUCUGAGCUGGUCAUCUGCGUUAAUUGCGUCAAAUAUUUUAACAUGAUGAAUUUAAAAAAUUAAUUAACGCCCGUUAACGCGAUAAUUUUGACAGCCCUAAAAAAAAUAUAUAUAUUUAUACACAUAUAUACAUAUACAUAUAUAAAAGAGGAUCUAUGUACAACAAAAGAACAAUUGGCUAACUUAGAUAGCAAAAGUCCGCUAGCUUAAAUGCUAUAAAAUGCUAACGCUUUUUACAAUACUCUUUAACAAAUGACUCUGACACAUAUUCCCACAAAAAAAUGACUAAAUAUACCUUUAAACUAAAUUACGAAUGCAUUAAAAAAAUAUUAGCUCAAACAAAAACUUAGCUUAUGUUGGUCUUAACAGGGAGCAGAUGGAUUCAGCCAUGCAAACACUUUCAAAACAGACCAUUACAACGCCACUUUAAUUAAACGUCAUUGCCUGGCAUUGACAGCCAUGGACGUUCAUGAAUGAACAUUCGUUCAUUCGCUGUCAUCCCUCCCACUUCAAACGGAUUGGACGUCUACUAGUGAUAAACUCAUUCCAAUUUGCAGCAGAAGCUUGUUUUUCUGUUUAUUAGUUGUUUGUAGAAUAUCCUUGAAUGAUUUCCUGACCAAUGUAUCGAUAAUCGUAUCGUCAGAUCAUCGUUAUCAAGAGCUUUGAAUCGCAAAUCGUAUCGUGAGGUAACAAGAGGUUCCCACUCCUAUAAAAUGUUCGUAAGUAGAGGUACAACUGUAUUUGAGUUCCCUUAAAAAACGGUAAAGAGCACGAACUUGUGCUUUGUUUUCAAACUCCAGACAAAUGAAUCCCUAUGAGAUUUUUCUGGUUUGUUAGAAACUCUCAUGAAUGUAAUGCUCAGCAAUCAUGUUUUUUUUUUUUACCCGUUUCUGUGACAGAAGGGAUCGUAGGUUAUCGUUUCGAUCGGUCGUCCUGAAAACUUAACAGGGAUUUAGCAAUUUUUGGAUUUUUUUUUCUUCAUGUACAAUGCCUUGAAAAAUUGUGCAUCACGUGCCUUCCAGGUUAAGAUGUUUUUAGGACAAUACAUCAAGAAGAACUUGGACUUGUUUUCUGUAGUUUUGUCGUUUUGGAAUGUUCUACAAGGACACAAACGGAUGUCAACUAUGCACCCACACUCUAUUUUUGGCUCUUUUUCUAAAGACUCGCAAGCAAGCAGACGGAAUCAUGUAGCAAAACCUCCAAUUUUUCCGUUUAUUUCAAGUGUGAAGACUUAUGAUGUGGCAUUUUUACUUGUAUUUCUUUGUUUUUUCACCAAGUGUUACACGUUUUUGUUCUUAUGUAGUUUACUGGAAUAAUACCGCACUUUGCCAAAAGGAAAAAAAAAAAACACGGUGUAGGAAUUUUAGGGUUAUUAUUUUCCUUUUAUUUAUCUGCAUAUCUCUGUAUUUUGUAUAUGUACGACUGUUCAAUUGACUUUGCUUGGAAAUCUGAUGUCGAUGGGGUGUUUUCAAAAUGGAAUAGUUCAUACGUGUGAUCUCUUACUAGUCGCAAAAUAAAUGUUUUCAUACACAUAUGAUGUUUUUCUGUCAUUCUUUAACAAACUUUUAAAUGAGCCAUAUUUCAAUGUUACUGUCAUUUUAUACUACUUUUUUCAUAUUUAUAUAUGGCUUAAAACAAGCUCUGAGACCCCCAAUUUGGCCAAAUUUCAAAAUUGUCCUACAGUGCCCUCCAUAAUUAUUG